AUGAUGAGCCGCAAGUCCUUCCACACUGUCACUAUGACCAAGCCCCGCCGCAUUACUUUCUCGGAGUCCUCUAACCCUAAGCCUUCCAGUGCUAAGUAUACGGAAGGAAAGUUGACCUAUGCAGAGCGCCUCAAUAUUUAUAUGAACCACCCUUGGGGACUGGUUGACUACCAUAUCUACCUCACACAUAUUGAAAGUCGUAGAGAUGAGAUCAACCGCUCGAAGGAGUGCCAUCUCCUUGAGACGGGUGGAUUUACCCAGGUAACCCUCACCGAAGAGCUAACCUCCGAGAAGAUUCCCACAGGCACAAACCCAACAAUAGUAUUUGUGAGUCUCCCCGUCCCUAAGGUAGGCAACAGGUUCGACAACACCAAGCUGGUGCUAGGCUUCGAUCUGGCAACCUUCAAUCUGCAAGGUUAUCUCGUCGAGUCUGAGACUCCACUCGAUGAUUACAAGGACCUCCAUAAGGCAUGGAACAAGGGUCGGCUAAUGAUCGAUAUGCACGCGCACAAACUCCUGGGUAUUGUAGACCACACCAUGAAGAAUGAGAUUGAGAUCCUUGAGACCGGCAUGCUGCGCCACUAUGGCGAGAAUAAGCUUGAGCUUCAUGCUGGGUUUGAUAUGGUCAUUGCUAUUCAGUUUCUGCAGUUCUUGGAUGACCAUGCCGAUCUUCUUUUCGAGGAUGGCGAGUGGUUCCGUGAGAAGUAUACACCUUUUCAGGAUGAUAUGCGCGAGGUUAUUGCUGCUAGCUCGCGUAGCUCGUGGUUUGCUGCUAAUGAUGGGUUAGCUGUUGGGCAGUAUCGCCAGAAGGAGAUUAAGAGGGUCAUUGUUUCUGGUUUGUUCUAUGGACAGACUGUCGACAGCUUGGAGCAACCUGUUUCCAACAAACAGGCUCUGAAGGCCAUCAAGGCUGUUCCGUAUGAUACUGAACGGGUUUCUAAGCUGAGUGCUCGUGCCAAAGUUAUCGAUAUGGGAGCUUGGCUUGCUUGA